UUGUGAAUACAGCAAAAUGUCGAUUGCUUCUCACAGACUGAAUAAUGGUCAUAAACCAGGCUAACAAGAUCACAGAAUGAAAAAGAAAAAGUUUAGUUUUCAAGUAAACUUCUUCUUGAACGAGCUUUCCAGUGUACCACUCGUUAGUGGUGUACUUUUCUCGAAAAUACGGCUUCUUGAUGGAGGGAAUUUCACUGAAGUUUCGUCAAGGAGGGAAGUGAAAAAUAACUGCGUUAAAUGGAGGGCGAGUUUUGCCUUUCCUUGCAAAAUGACAGCAAGUGCAGCGAACGGAGUGUUGGAUGUGUGCCGUUGUCGAGUGUCAGUUCGAAAGGAAGCAAAAGGUGGCAAAUCCCAUGUCAAGCUUGGUUUUGUUGACAUCAACUUGGCUGAGUACGCAGGUCCUGGUAAUAUUACGCGGAGAUACAUUCUAGAGGGGUAUGAUGACAGGAUCUCAAGACAAGAUAAUUCUAUUCUAGAGGUGCGUAUCAAUAUGCAGUUGACCUCAGGAGACCCGUUAUUUAAAGUACCUCAGAUACCACACCAACACUACACUAGUUUGACAGAAACUCAUGAAAAUCGAGCCCCAACAACAGAGACAUCAACAUCAUCCAAUGCAGAACCUGGARACAGUAGCAGAAAAAGCAGUCAGUCCAAUAGCAUUGCAUCCACCUCGAAUGAAGCACAAGCUGAAAGCCCUGAAGGUUCACAAACAUCUUUUAUUCCUGGUCAUUUUAGAAGUUCAAGUGAACCACCMGUGGUUASUCAUUAUCGAAGUGCAAGCUACCAGUCAAGAUUAUCUGGAUACUCAACUGGUCACUCAGUUUCUUCGAGUGCAGAGGGCUGUAAGAGGUCAACAUUACCCUCCUCACCCUCMAAAAAUAGUCAAGUUUAUUCAAGUUGCAAUUCUGAAGACACUGGUAUUUGUGACUCAGAACAAUUACCUUUAGAAUCACCAAAAAUAUGGAAAAAGAAAUCAACAGAGGAAAACAAAGGCAAUAACGACAUAGUUGAACAGCUUUUACUGGAAGAGGACAUCAGAACAAGUCAUGAUGGAGAACACGAAAAUGAAAUGUCAUUGCAUUUUGACUUUGAUGGAAAGCUGUCAAGUAAAUUAACCCAGGCUGUUCCAGAUUAUGCUGACAAAUACAGGACUCUAUAGUAUUUAGACAAACAUUUUUGUCAGGAGAUAGGACGGCAGCCUURACAGUGGCUACAAAGUGGAAAGGCCUACUGUUAAAAUGUUCUCUGUACAUCAGAGUAGCGAGUGAAUUGAUUUUCAGUUUUUAUUAUAUUAAGACUAAGGCUUUUUAAAUUCUAGCGUGGUUUUCGCAAGAGACAAGUACAAGUAAKGAAAUGCUUAUGUACRUUAAUCAAAUGGCUACCUAAAACAGCUUGUUUCGUGCUGGAUUUCUUGUGCUCUGUGUGAAACGCUUCUUGCUGUUGCUAGUGAAUAUCAUGUCAUAGUGAUUUAUUUAUCCAUWGUWAGAUUCCAAUAGAUAUCGAAAGUGAUAUUUCCGUCGGCAAUGCAAGCAAUGUAGCAAUGAUUGCACUGCAAGCAGCCCAUUUUAUGUUGUCAAUUCGAGGUAGGCUGGACUACUUCAUUGGAUUGCUGGCAAUUCGUGCAACGGUUUUAUUUGGGCAGCCAGUCUAUAUUGCAUACAAAGAUAGWAUCAACACAGGUAGCAUCUCGGGGCCGACACCAAGCCAAACCAGAUAUGGAAUGUACUCCGUCAAAAACUUUUCAAAAUUCAUCUGAUGUAUAAUUUUAAUUUAUUUUAAUUAGAUUUGGACAAUGUAUACUUGUAUGACAAAUAAAAUUGUAACUGUUAUUAUUCAAA